AAUAUCAGAUGUACUUUCCCUUUUUAUUAAGGAAGACAGUACCAAUCAUUCCACCACUCUCACCAUUUCCUUUCUCUCUCCCCCGGUUGUCUCCACUCUCCCCGCCCCCACGUCGCCCCCCUUCCUUCCGGACAUGCUCCACUGUGUAUGUUCCCCCGCCGUUGCCGGAAUCUUGUUUUUGGGUUUGAGCUGAUCGGAGCAGGUGUUCUGCAUGGGAAACGGAUUUUGUGGACAUUUUUAGAGAUAAAGGGCGAGAGGAUGGAGAUGAGGAACAAAUUCAGGAAAUCCACUACUUUACGUUGUGAUUCACAGAGCAAAUGUUUGAUAUCUGUGGUAAUUGGGAGUCUAAUGGUGUGCAUUCUUUUGCUGAGUUUACUUUCUCCUACAAGCCGCAAAAAUGAGAUGGGUCAGGGUAUCCAAAUUCGAACGAGUCAUCAUCUUCACUUACGAGAACUUCAAGAGGUGGAAGAAGAAAACAUUCAAAUUCCCCCUCCCCAUAAGAGACCUCGACGUGCACCGAAGCGAAGACCAAAACGAAUGACCCCACUGAUUGAUGAAUUUCUUGAUGAAGAUUCACAGCUUAGACGCAAGUUCUUUCCUGAUCAUAAAACUUUCAUUGAUCCGAUGAUCACGGGAAAUGAUAGUAUGUUCUAUUAUCCAGGGAGAGUUUGGCUAGAUACUGAAGGGAAUCCCAUUCAAGCUCACGGAGGUGGAGUGAUAUUUGAUGAAAGAUCCGAAACAUACUAUUGGUAUGGAGAGUAUAAAGAUGGUCCCACCUACCAUGCUCACGAAAAGGGAGCUGCACGGGUUGACAUUAUAGGAAUUGGUUGCUACUCUUCCAAAGACUUGUGGAGCUGGAAAAAUGAAGGCAUUGUUUUGGCAGCGGAAGAAACAGAUGAGACCCAUGAUCUUCAUAAAUCGAAUGUGCUUGAGAGGCCGAAAGUAAUCUACAAUUCAAGGACUGGAAAAUAUGUAAUGUGGAUGCAUAUUGAUAAUGUGAACUAUACAAAGGCUUCUGUUGGUGUUGCCAUCAGUGAUUACCCAAACGGUCCAUUCCAUUAUCUCCAGAGCAAAAGACCCCAUGGAUUUGACAGUAGAGACAUGACAAUCUUCAAAGAUGACAAUGGUACAGCCUAUCUCAUUUACUCAUCCCAAGGCAAUAGUGAGCUUCAUGUAGGACCUCUCUCAGAAGAUUAUCUCGACGUGACCAAUGUAGCAAGAAGGAUUCUCAUCGGCCAACAUCGAGAAGCACCAGCUUUGUUCAAACAUAAGGGAACUUACUAUAUGAUCACAUCAGGGUGCACGGGAUGGGCUCCGAACGAGGCACUGGCACACGCAGCAGAGUCAAUAAUGGGUCCAUGGGAGACAAUAGGAAACCCAUGUAUAGGAGAAAACAAGAUGUUUCGACUGGCGACAUUCUUGUCUCAGAGCACAUUUGUUAUUCCUCUACCUUCUUCAUACCCCAACUUGUUUAUUUUCAUGGCAGACCGAUGGAACCCUGCCGAUCUUAGAGACUCGAGGUACGUUUGGUUGCCAUUGAUGGUUGGUGGACUUGUGGAUCAACCCCUUGACUACAAUUUUAGGUUCCCUUUGUGGUCAAGAGUGUCUAUAUAUUGGCAUAGGAAGUGGAGGCUUCCUCAAGGCUGGAAUUCAUUGAAAUGAUACAAAUUGUUCUUAAAUUUCCCCCUCUGUGUACCAUAUAAGAAAGUUCCUUCUUCGACUCUUUAGGUGUCCUAACAGUAUUCAUCACUAAUGCAAUAAUGUUCACUAGUUCAUGUUAUAGGCACAAAAUAUUUAACCCUUGAAGGAUUUUACAUGUUUUUCUUUGUUUAAAUUUUUUUUAUGAGGUUUAUGUUAGGCUUGUAGUUUCUAUUAGUUCA